GUCCAGGCUCUGGGGCCGGAGGGCGGCGCCCGAGAUGGGGGGCGGGAAGGGGGUCUCCCCCUGGUCGGCUCCUCUCUGGGCAGGUCCCCGGGUCUCUGGGCCGAGGGGCGACCACGGGCUCUGGGCAGAGUGGGAACGAGCUCUCUCUGUGAGGUUCCUCUUCUGAGACAGUGAGUCUUGGGCUCCUCCCCAGCUUCCGCGGGUCUCCCCGCAGCCCCACCUCCCACUGGGCUUCCCGUUCCCUCUUCAGACCCAGGACGCCCAGACACCCCGGGUCUGAGAGAUGCGGCCCCUGUUGCUGCUGCCGCUGCUGUGGGCAGGGUCCCUGGCUCGGCACCUGAGCUACCUGCUGGACGUGCAGGAGACCGUGACGGUGCAGGAGGGCCUGUGUGUCCGCGUGCCCUGCUCCUUCUUCCAUUCUUGGAUCUCCUGGUCUGCGCCUGUUCACGGCUACUGGUUCCGCGAAGAGGCCCACCUGUUCCGUGAUGAUCCCGUGGCCACAAACAACCCAGCUCUUAAAGUGCGGGAGGAGACCCGGGGCCGAUUCCACCUCCUCUGGGACCCGCGGAACAAGAGCUGCUCCCUGGACAUCAGAGACGCACAAUGCCGUUUGGAAAUUAACUUCUAGAGAAAAAAAUCAUUUAUCUGAAAUGAGAGUUGCACUGAAUGAGACCAAGAGCAGAUUCAGUACUGUGGGAGAGUAAUCAGUGUGUUUGAAGGUGUAGCAGCAGCUCCUAUUGAAACUGCAGAAUCUAGAGAAAAAGGCUGGAAACGGUGAAGAGAUGCUCAGGGCCCUGCAAGAUAAUAUGCAGCAAUAUAACAUGCGUAAAAUUGGAGACCCGUGGAGUUCCCCUCGUGGCUGAGUGGUUAAAAAAUCCGACUAGGAACCAUGAGGUUGUGGGUUUGAUCCCUGGCCUCCCUCAGUGGGUUA